AUGUCCUUCGGCUGGUCGGCCGGCGACAUCGCCGCUGCCGUGAAGCUGCUCUACAACGUCUAUGAGGCGCUGGACAGCUGCAACGGUGCAGCGCAAGAAUACCGCGAAGCUGUGGCUUUCCUUCGAUCCUUGAUCCAGACCCUCAAGCCCAUUACAUUUGUGACGGAUUGGUCGGCAUACCCAGCAUACAAAACCGACAUUGACCGAGAGAUCAAUUAUAUCAAAGUCCCUAUCAAUGACUUUCUUCAAGCCAUCCAGAAGUAUGAGCCUAGCCUCGGGAAACACCCGGCAACAACCAAUCGCUUCAAGCACGCUGUCCCGAAAUUGAAUUGGUAUAUGAAGUGGUCGAGGAAGGUGAUUACCAUGAAGAGUUUAGUUCAAUCACACAUGAUGAUUCUGGACAAUCUCAUGAAGCAGCUCACAUUAGACGUGAUAUUGAAGACGCAAAAGGAUCUUCCCGACGUAUUUCGUUCAGUGUUCCAAGAAACAAUACGUCCUGAACUUGGCAUCUUGCUUCGAGAUGCUUUGCGCCAGAUGAAGACCUCGGAACGGCAAUUCAUCCCAGAACUCGACUUGUCCGAACCUCAGCCGAGCACUCGUGACUGCGUAAAUGACCUGGCAAAAGCGGCUGCUGAUUCUCUCACCACCCGGGUGCAGUCUACCGACUAUACCGGGCUGCCUUUUCAGCCAGUAGCUCACUGGUCGGACCAGACUGAUACUUUGAGUGACCUUCGCGAGGAGUCUUUACGUGAGGUGUGA